AUGUCGAAGCUAAUCAAGGAAAGACUUCCGGGUUCUCUCCCUGGUAACACGAAAGUCAAUCCCAAGGAAUCUCUGAAGGCCAUUACUUUGAGGAGUGCUAAGCAACUUCCAAGCCUUACCGAAACUGAACCCGAGGUUGAGAUUAUUGAGCCAUUGGAUCUGGGUAAGGAAAAAACUGAAUUGCCCAAGUACCAACCCAAACUUCCUUAUCCAGUGAAGAUGAAGAAAGAUCAACAAGAAGAAAAGUACAAGAAAUUUCUGGAUGUGUUCAAGGCCUUGCACAUUAAUGUCCCAUUCGUUGAGGCUCUUGCACUAAUGCCAAGAUAUGCAAAAUUCUUGAAGGAACUACUCACUAACAAGAGGAAUCUUGAGGAAGUAUCUUCAGUGACACUUAGUGAAGAGUGUUCAGCCUUGAUUACCAACAAGCUUCGAAAGAAAGAGAAAAACCCUGGGGGAUUUAUCGUCCCAUGUAUAAUUGGGGGGCUUGUGGAUGAGAAAGCUCAAGUAGAUCUUGGGGAAAGUAUCAACCUUAUUCCUUACCAAAUUUUCCAAAAACUCAGGCUAGGAGAACCAAAGGCCACAACAAUGACAUUACAAUUGGUGGAUAGGUCCAUUCGGAAACCAAGAGGCAUUAUUGAAGAUGUGUUGUGA